AUGGUGCUCAGACUUCCCAUUCCUCCUUUCCCCUCCAGGAUGGGUUUCUUCAGGUUUCUGUGUUCUAUUAAGAACGAUAUAAUCCUCUUUCUGACACCAUGCGUCCUCCUUCCUCUACCACUGCUGAUCGGGACAUCGGAGGCCGAAUGUGCCUAUGUGAUCAUCUUGAUGGCUGUGUACUGGUGCACGGAGGUACUGCCAUUGGCUGUGACCUCGCUCCUACCAGCUAUCCUUUUUCCCUUUUUUGGCAUUAUGCAGUCUAAAGAUGUGGGUAUGCAGUACUUGAAGGACACCAACUUGUUAUUUGUGGGUGGACUGCUGGUUGCUGUGGCUGUAGAGCACUGGAAUUUGCACAAACGCAUUGCUUUAAGGGUGCUGCUUUUUGUUGGUGUGCGACCAGCACUGUUGAUGCUGGGUUUCAUGGGUGUUACUGCAUUCUUGUCAAUGUGGAUCAGUAACACAGCUACCACAGCCAUGAUGGUCCCCAUUGUUCAAGCAGUGCUGGAUCAGCUCAACACCACUGAAAGCGAAGUGCCACAAACCAUCAGUUCAGACCAGAAUAUUCAGACUUCUGAGACUGACAGCAAACCACCUGUUCAGACAGAAAAGGAGAAUGAAGGACAGGGUCCCGUGGUGGUGACUUUCCUAGAUGCCUCAGUAGAGGUUGCCAGGCAUAAGGAGGCAAUGGAGAGGAGGAAAAUGGGUAAAGGGAUGACCUUGUGCGUUUGUUACGCCGCUAGCAUCGGGGGCACUGCCACCUUGACAGGAACUGGUCCCAAUCUGGUGCUUAAGGGACAAAUGAACCAACUGUUUCCUGAAAAUGACGAUGUGAUUAACUUUGCCUCUUGGUUCGGAUUUGCAUUCCCCAACAUGAUUAUUAUGUUGACUCUAGCCUGGCUUUGGUUGCAGUUCGUCUUCAUGGGAUUUAAUUUCAGGAAAACAUGGGGCUGUGGGACAACCAAAACAGAAAAGGAGAUUGCUGCAUAUAAUGUGAUCCGUGAGCAACAUCGACAGCUGGGGCCAAUGAGUUUCGGAGAGAUAAAUGUCCUGUUUCUCUUCGUUUUGCUGGUACUCCUUUGGUUCUCAAGAGAUCCAGGUUUUGUUCAUGGCUGGGCUACCGAUCUAAACUCCAGUGCAGAAUAUGUGACAGAUGCCACAGUGGCGAUCUUUGUGGCCAUCCUCCUCUUCGUCCUACCCUCUGAAUUACCAUGGUUCUGCUCAUGCAGGACUCAAAGGUUUGACAUAACAACACAGCAGUCCUCUGGCUCAACACCUCGACUCCUCAGCUGGAAAGUUGCCCAAAAGAAGGUACCCUGGGGCAUUGUCCUUCUCCUUGGGGGUGGGUUUGCCCUCGCUAAAGGAAGUGAAGUAUCAGGACUGUCUAAGUGGAUGGGAGACCAAAUGGCUCCCCUGCAGAACAUCCCUCCUUGGGGAAUUGCUAUCAUUUUAUGCCUACUGAUUGCUACUUUCACAGAGUGCACCAGUAAUGUGGCGACUGCAACGCUGUUCCUUCCUGUCUUAGCCUCAAUGUCUCAGUCCAUCGGAAUCAAUCCGCUGUACGUCAUGGUGCCCUGUACUCUGAGUGCUUCAUUCGCCUUCAUGCUGCCAGUCGCCACCCCUCCAAACGCCAUCGUGUUUUCUUAUGGACACCUCAAGGUUGCUGACAUGGCUAAGACUGGUAUAGUUAUGAACAUCAUUGGUAUUAUUUGCAUCACACUGGCUAUUAACACCUGGGGCAAAGCCAUGUUUCACCUGGACACCGUCCCCGCCUGGGCAAACGUCACAAGCAAUUGAACGACUUCUGCAGUAGACAUGAUCUAUGCACGCACCGCUGUGCCCUGCCCUUCCCAUCCUCAGAUGACAAACACCUAAAGCCAGACUGAAAGCGCGUGGACCAAGCAGCAAUCUUCAUGCGUUAUGUUGCUGUCUCGAUUUUUUAUGGAUGUUUAGAGUGACAGAAAAUCAGGGUAAAUUUUAACAGGUAAAGGAUGGAUCAUAGACAGCAACAUUUAUGCAUCAAAAUGAAGCUAUACUGUAAUGAAGGACCUUGGUGCCUUAAAUCACAUGGCAAAAACCAAAAUAACAUUUGUCAAGUUAACCAUGAAAUCUGGUCGAUCUUGGCAGUUUAUUCUGUCUGUGCCACUGAGGAAUUUUUUUUGUUUGUUUUAUUUAAAUGUAGCCAAAUGUUUAUAGAAAGUGUUUUUUCUAAAUAUAUACAUGCUCUUGCACACUUAAACCUUGACAUUAUUCACAUAUUUUCUAGUAAAAAAAAAAAGAAAACAUCAACUUCAGUGUGAUAAAGCCUUUUUUUUGUGAUAGAUCAAAACAAAGUAUGUCUUAUGGAAUUAAAUUGAUAUAUGUUUGGGGAAAAAAAAUCUGAAAAGUGUGAUGUGUGUGUGUGUGCGUAUUUUAGCUAUCUUGUGUGUCCAUAAGCCCUCCUGAUGCUGUUUGCAUUUGGACACCUCUUCUUACACAACAUGAGCAAUUCUUGUAUCUCUAUUUUGCAGUAAUGUCUUAUUUGUGUUGAUCUAUGACAGAAAAUUACAAUAAAAAUGUAUUGAAGUUUCUGUAGUAUGGUAAAAAUGUAAAAGAGUGGAAGGUCUGAUAAUAUUGUUGCAAGGCACUGUAAUUUAUCGUAUUGGACAUAUAGUAUAUUAAAUGCCUCUUUGUUUUUUCUUGAUUACUCGAAGCAAAAUUUGUUUUUAUUCUAUAUUAUAUAAUACCGGACAGCUUUGUUCUGCUUUUCUCACCUCACAAGCAACUUACACUGUAACACUACAUUGUUUUUUAAUGCAAAAUAACUUAUUAAAUAUCUGGAUGGACUUAUCACUAUGCAUAGUUUGUGCUCUAAAAGCUUCCUUUAAUUAUUUUUUUUUUUGACUCUGUGGAAUUAGGAAUUUAAUAGAAAACAUUUCUAAUUUGUAUGUACAGUAUGUGUAAAUGGUUUUGCUUUUUGUUUCUUUUUUAUUUUGC